ACCUGGGUGGCUCAGCGGUUGAGCAUCUGCCUUGGACUCAGGGUGUGAUCCUGGGGUCCCCGGAUCAGGUCCCACAUCAGGCUCCCUGCGGGGUGCCUGCUUCUCCCUCUGCCUGUGUCUCUGCCUCUCUGUGUGUGUGUGUCUCUUGUGAACAAAUGGAUAAAAUCUUUAAAAACAAAAAAUGAGCCAUCCUUAUGGGAACCUCGACUGGGUGACUCCUUGGGAAAGCGUUUACCUCCUACUCAUUGGACCUGAGGCCCCUUCUGGGAACUGGGCCCUUGACCCACGCCUCUCUCUUCCCCCAUCUUUCAAGAAGGUAAGAAGUCCAUCCAGGCUUUGCAAUGGAUUCUUCGAGCAAGCCUGGAGCCCCUCCUUGCAGUGGGGAUGGUCUAUGCCUCGAGCAAGCCUGGAGCCCCUCCCUGCAGUGGGGAUGGUCUAUGCCUCAGCAGGCACUUCCUCUGAAUCACCAUCUGGCCAGGCCUCCAGGCCUUGCACCUGCAGGUUCUGCAGGGAGUCGUGGCUGAGCUGUGUUAGCUCGGGGAGCCCUGCCCACACUCUGGGAAAAGAAUCCGGCCAUCUGGGCCCCGGUCUGAGAGAUCUCACUGGCACGAACACUUCAGCCAACGUUUCUUUAAGCCCUUCCAAGGGCAGAAGACAAUUUAUUCAGCUCCGAGGUCAUGCACCUGCUUUCAGCAGCCCCAAUACCGAAAAAUGGGCCCAGGGGUUCUCGACCAUAACUCGGGGCAAGUCUCAACUGCAAACACAAUCUCUCGCACGUACCACCUAAGCAGCUAGUCACACGUCUCGCUGUGUGCUAGGCAGCCCCUGCUCUUCCUACGGCGCUGAAACAUAAAAGGGUUUGAGUCCCAGCUCAGCCAGGUAUGCCUCUGCGCCAGCUCCUGAAGCUCUAGGGCCUCGGUUUCUUCAACCAUCGAGUCAGGAUGACAGGCACGACAGUUGAGCCCCAUCACCCCCAUAUUUGCACAUUUACCCACUUACUAAAGUUUAUCUGGCACCCCAAACCGAUACUGGUGGUGCCUUCGCAGCACUCUAGGGGCACGUCCCCGGCUAGGGUCCAACAAGACGAUGCUCUGAUUUCUCACAUCAGCUCUCACGAUGUAGACAAGCGUCCUUGUCGUGGUAUCUUUAGUGCCACUUUUUUUUUUCAUUUUCGUGCUUUUUAUUGGUGAUUUUGCUGUUUAGGACGGCCCCCAAGCAUAGUGCAAAAGUCCUAAAACACAUGUUAGAUAAGCCUCGUU